CUGAGAAGCAGACACCGCCGGUCGUGAGCAAAGCAUCCUUCUGCUGCACCCUGCUGCUGCAGCCGGCGCCGCAAGCAGUAGCUAGGCUGCCCGUUCUGUGAGGCGCGCGCGACAAGCUAAGCGGGGUCGAUGGGGAUGGUGGUCGCCGCUGCCGGUGACGAGAGUGGGAGUGGGCCGCCGCAGCAGCUGCUGCUGCUGUGGGCGGUCGCGGUGGGCGCGGUGGUGGCGUGGUGCGCCGUGCGGGCGCUGGAGUGGGCGUGGUGGAGGCCGCGGCGCCUGGAGCGGGCGCUGCGGGCGCAGGGCCUCCGCGGGACGCCGUACCGCUCCCCGGCCGGCGACGCGCCGCUCAACGUGCAGCUCAACGGCGAGGCGAGAGCGCGGACCAUGCCGCUGGGCUGCCACGACGUCGUGCCGCGCGCGAUGCCGCUGUUCCACCAGGCCAUGAAGGAGCACGGUAAAAUGUCAAUCACAUGGUUCGGACCGGUGCCUAGGGUGACCAUCACCAAGCCUGAGCUGGUGCGAGAAGUCCUGUCCAACAAGUUCGGGCACUUUGAGAAGCUCAAGUUCGGACGUUUCCAGAGGCUGCUGCACAAUGGUUUGGGUAGUCACGAGGGCGAGAAAUGGGCCAAGCACAGGAGGAUCAUCAACCCUGCCUUCCAUCUGGAGAAGCUCAAGCGCAUGUUGCCAGCAUUCGCUGCGUGUUGCACCGAGAUGGUGGACAAGUGGGAAGGUUUAGCCAGAGGUGACGAGCCAUACGAAGUUGAUGUUUGGCCUGAGAUGCAGAGCCUGACGGGGGAUGUCAUCUCGCGCGCCGCAUUCGGCAGCAGCUACCUUGAAGGCAAGAGGAUUUUCCAGCUUCAGGGGGAGCAGAUUGAGCUCGUAGUCAUGACCAUGAAUAAGAUACAUAUCCCUGGUUACAUACAUCUGCCAACCAAAUCCAACCGAAGGAUGAAGCAGAUCGCUGCAGAGAUAGAAGGGAUGUUGAAAUGCAUCAUCGCGAAAAGACUGAAAGCCUUGAAGGCCGGGGAAGCGAGCAGCGACGAUCUCCUCGGCCUCCUGCUGGAGUCCAACCUGGACCACAGCAAGGGCAACGGCAACGCGAACUCCGGCAUAACCAUCGACGACGUGAUCGGGGAGUGCAAGCUGUUCUACUUCGCCGGCAUGGAGACCACGUCGGUGCUCCUCACGUGGACGAUGAUCGUGCUCUCCAUGCACCCGGAGUGGCAGGACCGCGCCCGGGAGGAGGUCCUGCAAGUCUUCGGCAGCCGCGCCCCGGAUUACGACGGCUUAAGCCGCCUAAGAACCGUGACGAUGGUGCUGUACGAGGUGCUGAGGCUGUACACGCCGCUGACGUCGUUGCAGCGGAAGACGUACAAGCCGAUGGAGCUCGGCGGCGUGAGGUUCCCGGCGGGCGUGAUGCUGCAGCUGCCGCUGCUGUGCGUCCACCACGACAAGGACGUGUGGGGGCCCGACGCCGACGAGUUCAGGCCGGAGAGGUUCGCGCAGGGGAUCUCCAGGGCGUCCAGGGAGUCGCCGGCGUUCUUCCCGUUCGGCUGGGGCCCCAGGAUCUGCAUCGGCCAGAGCUUCGCGCUGCUCGAGGCCAAGAUGGGCCUCUCCGUCAUCCUGCAGCGCUUCUCCUUCGACCUCUCGCCGUCCUACACGCACGCGCCGUUCACCGUCGGCCUGCUUCAGCCGGAGCACGGCGCGCAGGUCCGGCUCACCAGGCUUCACUGAGUAAUUAACUUCGUCUCGUCUGAAUGUACAGCUGGACAUAUAUGCUCAGAAGUCACAACUAGUCAAACUACCUAUACAAGGAGUGGUUUGCGGACUUCUUUUUUUUUCUCUCUUUACUUCUGUGAAGUUUGUUAAGUGCUUUUGAUUUUGCUCGAAUAGUUGUACAAAUGUGUCUCGUAACAAGUGCUAGCGUGAAGAGUGGAUCUCUCACGGUAUCACCUAUAGUCCUAUGUACAUCUAAGAGGAUGAUGACUAAUGUCGUGCACUUGUGCCUAUUGGGCACUACAGCCUACAGUGCAGUAGUUUAAUGUAAUUUUAGUAUCUUCAGUACAGUUCAUAAAAAAAAAUGUAUAAGUCCACUAAAAUUCUAAAGAGUUGGUUGCUUCAGUACAAGUACAG